CAGAUAUUGUUCUUGCUGCGUCUGGUUUAACACAGACUUUAACGACCAUGUCCACGGAAGUAGUUGUGUUUUUAAGAAUAUCUUGAUAUGGAAUUUAAAAAGGAACCGUUUGAAAACUUCUAUGAAGUCGGGGAGGAUAUCGGAAGUGGUCAGUUUGCAAUCGUAAGAAAAGCAAGACACAAGGAAACUGAGGUAGAAUAUGCCGCCAAGUUCAUCAGGAAGAAACGUGGUGGCGGAAGGAGAGGUGCCAAGAUGGAGGACAUCCAGAGAGAAGUCAACAUCCUGAGCAUGAUCGACCAUCCCAACAUCAUCCACCUCUUAGAAGUGUACGAAACUCGCACGGAGGUUAUCCUUGUCCUUGAGCUAGUGUCUGGUGGUGAGCUGUUUGACUACAUCUCAGAGAAGGACCACCUCAGUGAAGAGGAAGCCUCAACCUUUAUUAAACAAAUCCUUGAGGCUGUCCAGCAUCUCCAUUCUAAGAGUAUAGCUCACUUAGACCUAAAGCCAGAGAACAUUAUGCUGCUGAACAAGAACAGCUGCCGGAUCAAGCUGAUUGACUUUGGUCUGUCACAGGUGAUCACUCCAAAAUCUGACAUAAGAGCUAUGAUGGGCACUGCUGAGUUUAUAGCACCUGAAGUUGUUAGCUACGAUCCCCUUUCAUUGGCUACAGAUAUGUGGAGCAUAGGGGUGAUAACCUAUAUAUUAUUGAGUGGUGCAUCUCCCUUCCUGGGAGAUGAGCAACAGGAAACCUAUGAAAAUAUAACCUCUGUAACCUACGCAUUUGACGAGGAAUACUUCAACGGGACCAGUGAACUUGCCAAAGAUUUUAUUAGGAAAACUUUCAUUAAAGAAUCAAGAAAACGAGCAACAGUCACAACAUGCAUGCAACAUCCGUGGAUACAGCCUCAGGAGAAAAAGCAGUCACUCACCAGAAAAACUUCUGUCAUCAACAUUGAGCAAUUCAAGAAACUCAUGGCCAGAAAACGCUGGAAGCAAUCUGUAAGGAUAGUCUCCCUUUGUACUCACCUCUCUAGAAGUGUUCGACUACGCAAAUCUCAAAGCCUUGACACAAAUCUAUCUGAGAGUAAAGAUGUUAUAGAAGGAGAGGAGAAGGCAGAGAACUUUGUGAUGGCAGCCUUGUUUUGUGCAUCAGAGGAAGGCAAUGUAGAAGGUCUAAAGGAACUUGUCAACAUGGCACAGAAUAUUGAUCUCACUACUGCAAACAGGCAUGGAGAAACUGCAGUACAUAUGGCAGCAAGUGGUGGACACACAGAAGUGCUGAAAUUUCUACAGGCUCAGGGAGUGGAUAUUGGGAUACAGGACAAGAAUGGUGACAGUGCAGUUUACUGGGCAGCUCGCCAGGGUCACCUAGAUGUUUUACGGCAUUUAAAGGAUGAGAAUGUCCCUCUUGACUCCCAAAACAAGUCAGGUGAAUCUGCUCUCCAUGUUGCUGCAAGAUAUGGACAUGCUGCAGUUGUAGAUUUUUUGUGCUCUGCUGGAACUAAUGUCAACCUGCAGGAUAAUCUCGGUGAGACAGCUUUACACAGUGCCUCCUGGCACGGCUUCCUCCGGAUCGUAACCUCUCUCUGUUCCUCAGGGGCUAAGAUAGAUGCAGAGAACAAGGAAGGUGAGACUGCUCUACACAAUGCUUCAGCCCGAGGAUACCUGGACGUUGUUAAGAUUCUCCUUGACUAUGGAGCUCCUGUCAACCAGAUGGAUAAAAGAGGAGGCACAGCCUUGUAUUUGGCUUGUAACCGUCGCCACAGCAACAUAGCAAUGGUUCUUCUGCAUGCUGGCUGUGAAAUGGACAUUAUUGAUAAGGAGAGUGGUGAGUGUGCCCUACAUUGUGCUGCUAGAGAGGGGCUGUCAGCUGUCGUCCAGACCAUGUGUGCCUUUGGUUGUCAGGUGGACAUUAUCAGUCAGGACGGUUUUACACCCUUACAUCUAUCAUGUAAGCAUGGUCACACUGAGAUUGUACGAUGCCUGCUUUUGUCUGGGGCUCGGCCAGAGAUCACAAACAAAGAUGGUGUGACGUCAGAGAUCAUGGCUCUAGCCCAGGGAUUCACCGACAUAGCAGAGCUUGUCAACAAGGUGAAACGAGACAGGGCUGGUAACUUUGUGACCCAGCUGAUCCCCUCCUCCCAGCCUCUCUCUAGGAUCAAGUUAAAGCUGCUGGGAUCAACUGGUGUGGGAAAGUCUACCCUAGUGGAGACUCUCAAAUGUGGCCUGUUCAGUGGGCUAUUUCGUCGGUCGCGCCUCACCAGUCAAGCUUCCACUGAUUCUGGGAAAGGUCGACCACGCCUGCCACGUCAGUACAGUUUGCCAACACCCCUGUGUUACAGUGUUAGUAACCCAAUCUAUACCAAGGGUAUUAAUGUACAACAGGUUUCAAUAUCAGGUAUAGGAGAUGUAAGUGUAUGGGACUUCUCCGGAUAUGAGCCUUACUACAUGCUGUAUGAUCACUUCCUUGGUGAUUCUAACUGUAUACACCUGAUUGUGUUCAGUCUCACAGAUACAUAUGACGAGCAGAUUGCACAAGUUCAGUUUUGGCUUGGCUUCCUUAAGUCUCGUGUGCCUCCGCAUGUCCCUAUAGGUCAUUGUGGUCGACUGCCCAACUGUCCAAGGGUCCUCCUGGUGGCCACGCAUGCUGAUAAGGUGGGAUGCCACAAGAACGCCAGGGGAGAGUAUGUGUGUCCCACUGCCAGUCGGGUCCUUGCAAAGGCCCAACUCAAAUUCUCAUCUGACAUCAAUUUUGUGGAGCGGGUCUUCAUAUUGGAUGCCAAUGUUGCUAUGUCAAAUGAUAUCAAAGCCUUGAAACAACAAAUCAGUGAUAUGCGAACACAGAUAAUUGGGCACCUUCCCCGUAGUAACGGUUUCCUAGAUGCCAUGGUAACACAACUACCGUCCUGGAGACGGUCUUCUUCCUCCUUCCCAGUGUUGUCAUGGCAACAGUUUGUGGAAUAUGUACGAGCUAAGAUCAAUCCGCUGGCCGGAGAUGACCACAUGAAGAUUUUAGUAGAGGAACUUCAGCUCAUAGGAGAGAUUGUGUACCUGGAAUGUGAUACCUCACAGGAUCUUGUAAUACUUCACCCCAAGUGGUUGUGUGAAGACAUCAUCGGCAACCUCAUCAGCCAGGAGAAGAUAAUCCAGUCUCGUAUUACCGGCUGCUUCACAGUGGAUGAUUUCCAGUUAAUGUACCCUGAGACAGAUGCACUUGACUUACUACAGGUUCUAGAGGCCUUAGAAGUGUGUACACAAUGUGACAAUGAAGGAGAGAUUGAGUAUGAAUUUCCAUGUUUAAAUUUCAUAGAGACAUUGAAUGGUCUAUGGCAGAAGGAUUCGAAGAGAUUCGGAAGUGCUGUGUAUGGUGGGGUCCGUAUGCAGACAGACCCAGAACUUGGAGGACAGCUUAAACAUCUGUUUGCACGUAUCCAGGUGUCACUCCGCCACAACGUACUUCAGGAAUCAGAGGACCCAGAUGCUGAGUUGUACCAGUGGCACCAUGGAUCUAAGUACUGUUGUGGAGAGAUGGAAGGAAUUCUGGGAAUGGACAGACAUGAACAACACUUAGAAAUAAAAGUUCGUGGACCAGCAGAUGGACGAACUCAGUUAUUUUAUUUCCUCGAGGAUUUUAUACAUGUAGUAGAACAGACAACUUUAAGUGUAUGUCCCGGUCUUUGUUUAGAAAGACAUUUGUCAAGCUGUCUGCAUCUCAAAGACCAUUCCAAAAAUGUGCACACUUUUUCUCCACUCCACAUAAUGCGUGCACAGCGAAAUAAGACUAAUUGUGUUCAGCUUCCAGAUGCCCGAUCUGAAGACCUUGCUGACCUCAUGUUCUUAGGAUCCUUAGAGGUCGUCCAAAAUGUAACUCUAGGAAUAGAUCUGCCUAUAUCACACUUGACUGUUCACACCAGGCGUACCCUUAGUAAUAUGUUAGACCCACCCGAACCAAUGGGGCGUGACUGGUGUUUACUGGCUGUGACUCUGGGGCUACAGAAUCUUUUACCAGGCCUGGACAAUAACAUUACCCGUGUCAACAGUGGUGAGAGUAAAACUGACCGUGUACUAUUAGAGUGGUCAAAAGUAGCCCCACAAUGUACCAUUGGCCAGCUUGUGGGAAAGUUGCUGGAAUUUAAUCGUGAGGAUGUGGUUGAGAUGGUGCUACAGACCAGCCCAAUGUUCAAAGUGAUGAUGUACGAAGAUCACAGCACUGACGACAGCACCAUCCCUCCCCCUACCACUGCCUCCACCAACACGCUCUCCAACCUCUCCAGGUGACACAGACUGGCCUAGUAUGACUGAUAUAGAGUUUAGUUGGAUUUCCAACCUCUCCAGGUGACACAGACUGGCCUAGUGUUACUGGUAUAGAGUUAGAUUCUCCAACCUCUCCAGGUGACAUAGACUGGCCUAGUGUUACUGGUAUAGAGUUAGAUUCUCCAACCUCUCCAGGUGACACAGACUGGCCUAGUGUUACUGGUAUAGAGUUAGAUUCUCCAACCUCUCCAGGUGACAUAGACUGGCCUAGUGUUACUGGUAUAGAGUUAGAUUCUCCAACCUCUCCAGGUGACAUAGACUGGCCUAGUGUUACUGGUAUAGAGUUAGAUUCUCCAACCUCUCCAGGUGACAUAGACUGGCCUAGUGUUACUGGUAUAGAGUUAGAUUCUCCAACCUCUCCAGGUGACAUAGACUGGCCUAGUGUUACUGGUAUAGAGUUAGAUUCUCCAACCUCUCCAGGUGACAUAGACUGGCCUAGUGUUACUGGUAUAGAGUUAGAUUCUCCAACCUCUCCAGGUGACACAGACUGGCCUAGUGUUACUGGUAUAGAGUUAGAUUCUCCAACCUCUCCAGGUGACAUAGACUGGUCGAGUGUUACUGGUAUAGAGUUAGAUUCUCCAACCUCUCCAGGUGACACAGACUGGCCUAGUGUUACUGGUAUAGAGUUAGAUUCUCCAACCUCUCCAGGUGACAUAGACUGGUCGAGUGUUACUGGUAUAGAGUUAGAUUCUCCAACCUCUCCAGGUGACAUAGACUGGUCGAGUGUUACUGGUAUAGAGUUAGAUUCUCCAACCUCUCCAGGUGACAUAGACUGGUCGAGUGUUACUGGUAUAGAGUUAGAUUCUCCAACCUCUCCAGGUGACAUAGACUGGUCGAGUGUUACUGGUAUAGAGUUAGAUUCUCCAACCUCUCCAGGUGACAUAGACUGGUCGAGUGUUACUGGUAUAGAGUUAGAUUCUCCAACCUCUCCAGGUGACACAGACUGGUCGAGUGUUACUGGUAUAGAGUUAGAUUCUCCAACCUCUCCAGGUGACACAGACUGGCCUAGUGUUACUGGUAUAGAGUUAGAUUCUCCAACCUCUCCAGGUGACAUAGACUGGUCGAGUGUUACUGGUAUAGAGUUAGAUUCUCCAACCUCUCCAGGUGACACAGACUGGUCGAGUGUUACUGGUAUAGAGUUAGAUUCUCCAACCUCUCCAGGUGACAUAGACUGGUCGAGUGUUACUGGUAUAGAGUUAGAUUCUCCAACCUCUCCAGGAGACAUAGACUAGCCUUUGUGUAUCGGUUCAAAGUAAAUGUUUCAAGGGACUAAGAGAUAUUUAACAGAACAAACCCAAAAGACUUUUCUGUGAUACUUCACUGGAUAUGAAUCUAAUGAUAUUACAGGUCUCAAUCAAAUUGAAUAUUUCUCUUGACAUGAUUUAAAGCUGGAAAGUUUCAGUGAUCUAAAAGAUGGUGCAAUUAGCACACCUCUAACACAUCGUGUGGAGAUGAUAGCUUUUUACAUUAAUUGAUUACCAAUUAAAUUUGAAGCAAUUAUCUGAUACUGUAUCACGUUAUAUUAAAGUGUUUUUUUUCAAACUCCAGAUUUUGCAAGCAUAUGUGAUAUGAGGGAGAAUUGAGAGAUAAUAUUUGUGCUGAUAAAUGUAUUUAAAUUAACAUUAUUUGUGCAUUUUUUAUUCCACAUGAACUUGCUUUAUUGAUGAUUUGUAACUUAUGUAAAUUACUUGGAUGUUCAGAUAUUUUUAUCAUGCAUUAGUUUGUAAGGCAAGUAGAUUUCAAAUACGAUAUUCCCUGAAUGGUUAGUUAGUUUUCCAAUAUUACAGAUAUACAGUGUAUCUGGUAUACACCUUAUAAAUGCCAUGAAAGAUUUGAAAACAUUAUUACUGAGGGUCAGAAUGGUAUUUUUAGGUCAACUGACUGAAGGGUCUGAUGACCUAUUGCAAUCGCCUUUCUACAUAUCUCAUUGAGCUGAAACUUACCUGAAAUGAUCGUGACAUGAUCCUGACCAAAGUUUUUUAAUUUCGGGUUGGUCCGAAAUCCAACAUGGCCGCCAUCUUGAAAACCCAUUUUCGACUUCUUCUCAAGUUCAAAAUUUGAAAUCUUGUAUUUUAUGUCAGAUGACCAUUAAGGCCCAUGGGCCUCUUGUUCUUAAAACUCUUAAAUCAAAGUUAAAUAAAAUUACUUGUACCUACUUGUUUUCUCUAUUUAUAGUGUACUUUUCAUCACAUGUAUUCGUUUUUCUCCAUAUAAGGAUAAACGGCAGGUUUAUUAGGGAUGAUUAUAGUGGAGGCCAAUACCUGGAAAGUAUCUAAAAUAUCAUUUUUAUCACAGAGAAAACAGAUAUGGUUCAAUUAUUUUAGUGGUUUGGGCAUUACAGUUUAACCUAAUUAUUACAUCAUUUUUACAAAUAGGUGUCAAUUGUUUUAAUUAAAACUUAUGAAUAACAACUACAAACUCCAAUAUUGUUGAUAAUUCCAUGUUUACUGAGAAUGAUAUUGAUUUCAUAACUGUUGUCUGAUAAGGACCCGGAAUGCUUCAUUUUUCAAGAUUAGAAAGUCUCGCAUUAAGUAUGCCUAAUCAGGUAUUUCAACUAGCUUGUUUUACUUUUCUUUUAAUAAAUGAUACACUUUUGAAUUAAAUGAAUAUCUAGCAAUGAAUUGAAAUUUUGUUUUAUACCUGUAUAUGGUAAGCGUUUAAUAACUACUUCAUUCAUGAAAACUUAUUUUAUUUGAAACCUUCAUAUAUGUUAAUCAUUUCACGUCUAAGAAUAUUAGAGAUAGAUUCUCUUCAUGUAAAUAUAUAUCAACAAUAGUUUUCUAACCCUGUGCUUUUGUGACAGGUAUGUUAAGUAUCCUGAUCUAACAGAGCACAGUUAUGGCUCUAUUUGUACUAAUCAAAAUACCUCAAACUUGACAUGACCAAAAUCAUUAUCAUUUAGUGAACAAAGCCAGUAUCAUGACAAAAAAAUCAGCAUCUGUCUUAUGACCUCAGAAUAUCACCUGACCAUUACAUUAUCCAAUCAAAUAACACUAGACUAUAAUGUCAAGUUGUACAUCUGUAACAGGUGAAUUUUACACUUCAGUUGAAAAACACCCUGACUCCACAGCUUGCUUUUGUAGUUGGACAUCAUUCUGCUUGACUUGAGGAAAAUUCCCUCUAGUCAAAGGGAGGCAGGUGACCUGUCCUUUCUGCUCUUAGGUCAUUCAGCAUCUUGUAUUUGUUAUACCUAAAUUGUACCAUAUCUAUUUACUCAAUCAAAUUUAGCAAGCUGACACGACGUACACAAUAUCUGGCAAAUAUUUUGAGUAAAACUGCUGUUUUUUUAGAUCUACAUUUUGUAUGACAUUGCCAAACCUGUGGGUCAAACCACUCAAACCACUGUCACCAUAUUAUUCUGAUUACCUGAGGGUCAAACCACUUGGGGGAUGGGUGGGGUAGUCUUACCAUAUUACUUACCUGGGAGGGGGGUUCAAACCUCUGAUAACAUAGUGACAUGAUAAAGUGUGCAGAUGAAAUAAAUAUCCCUGUUCACAUUGUUGAUAAUCAAUGUCAUUGCUGAUAAAUUUUAUUGUCCAAGUCAAUUAUCACUUAACAGUGAUCCUGACCACUCCUGUACAAUUGGGAUGGGUACAAGGCAGUGAACCUUACUUUCAGGUAAUUUCGGUUUUCUAUGUACAGUUUACAUUUUCUUUGGGGGAAGGUAGUUCUAAGAAAUUCAUGUAGUGUAUAAAGAAUGCUGAGUAAUGUGAAAACUCGUACUCUGGCCUCGUCAUACGUUCGGCAGAUAGUGCACAAGGAUACGGUGACACCGCAAUGGGUGUCAUUGUUUAUGAUAUGCGGUCAACUAAGUGCUUUAAAUAAAGAUGUUUGCUCAAUUGAUUUAGUGUGUACAUCUACGCAUGUCUGGCAAGACUAGGUUAGAUAUAUUUUAUUGCUCUUCAAUGUUAUUCUUGAAAUUCAUUGGAAAAUGUUCAAACAUAAAAGAAAAUAAAAAAAUAAAUAUGGUGGCACUUAACACAGCAGAAAAAUUCACUGUGAUGUUUCAUAAUAAAGUUUUCGUAAAGUCAGUAUCACGUGCGAAGCAUAGAUGGAAAAAAAUAUCAGAAACAAACAGUCAACAAAAUCUUACAUGCACUAGAAUGCGAUUUCUCAUGUUCAGUAUACAGGUCUUAAUUCAUUUUACAUGUGGGAGAAUAGCAUCACAGUUUCACAUUUUAUAUCAAGAUACUGGAUGGACUUAAGGUUUUAGAUAUCUUGAUCACUUUAUUACUCAUAAAUUAACAUGGAGAAGUCCUGUUACUUAGCUGAGUCAUUAUAACAUUGUUUCUUGUAAACACGAUGUUUGUGGUGACUCUUAGUUUAGUUCAUAAUGCUCGCGACAUCUUAACAGCUGUGGUAUUUACUGUUUGGUAGGCAGUUCAAACAAGCGUUUUACCACCAAAUACUGUCUUCCCUGUAUUUGCGAACAUGUCUAUCAUUUUAAUUUCAGAGGAAUAGUAAAUAUGUUCAUUUUUCUUUUAUCAGAUGAAAUGAUUUUAGUAAAAUAGAUGACUAGUUUCACUGCAUCAUUAUGUACUAUCAAAUGUAAGUAAGGAAUUUCUAAUUUGUAAUGGCGAAACAGUUGCUAGUGCUUGUUUUAAUUCCUGAGUAAUAUCAUUUUAAGUUCAGACAAAACAAAAUAGGAGUAAAAAUGAGAAUUUUUAAACAAAUAAAACCAUUCUGUUGAUAGUUGGAUGUAAUAUCAUUUUGAUAUCACUAAAAAUAAAAAAAAAAAUUUUUACAGUAGAAAUAUUAGAAAUCUUGUUAAUAUUGUAACCAUUGUACCUUGUACAGAUUUAUAUGUGGAGUUUUAAAACAACUAUUCUACACAAUAUUUUACCGGUUCUAGGAUCUAUUCAGCUGUAUCAGCUUCUGUUAAUUAUGAAGAUGUUGUCUUAUUUUGCAAUUAAUUUCUGUAUUGUGAUUCCUGGUGCUUAAUUCCUACAUGCUGGUUAAUACUACUCUUUAUCCAUGUCGCAUUGCUACAUUUAUUAUAUAAUGAUGAACUAUGACGUUAUGAUAUUAAAACCAUAUUUACCUGUCCCAAGAGAUCUGUUCUGGUCUGUGUGGAGGAUUUAGUGGUAUUAUCCUGUCCUCUCCCUAUUUUGUUAACUAAUUGUUCUGUAAACUGUCAUUGUCCGCAUACAUGUCAUUUGUGCUGUUAUAUAUUUCUUUUUAAGUUAGAUUAUAUAUACUUUUAUAUAUGCUCUUUGCACUUAUUGAAAUAAUUUGCCAAAAUGAAUAAAACAGUUACAAAAUUGA